UAAAAGGGGAGAUCUAUUAAAUAAGAUUUUAACCGAUUAUAUGCCAUAUAAAAAUAAAAGCAUAGUCAAAGCUACUUAUUAUUCUUCUCCUUGGGAUAAUUCGUUAGUUGUUUAUUUUUCGUUUGCAAUUCUUCGCGGUCUCAGAAGAACCAGGAUCUUUGUGUGUGCGUGUGUUAGUGUGAAGAGAGGAGGGUGGAAUGGCUCGUACGAAGCAGACUGCGCGUAAGUCCACAGGAGGGAAGGCUCCCAGGAAGCAGCUUGCCACCAAGGCUGCUCGUAAGUCCGCUCCCACAACAGGCGGAGUGAAGAAGCCGCACAGAUAUCGUCCCGGAACUGUUGCUCUUCGUGAAAUUCGUAAGUACCAGAAAAGUACCGAGCUUUUGAUCAGGAAGCUGCCUUUCCAGAGAUUGGUUCGAGAAAUUGCACAAGAUUUCAAGACUGAUUUGCGUUUCCAGAGUCAUGCUGUGUUAGCAUUGCAAGAGGCUGCAGAAGCAUAUCUGGUGGGGCUAUUUGAGGAUACAAACUUGUGUGCCAUCCAUGCUAAGAGGGUCACCAUUAUGCCGAAGGACAUUCAGCUUGCUAGGAGAAUUCGUGGUGAAAGAGCAUAAGCUCUUUUAAUCUAGCACAGAUUUGCGACAAACAUGAUUUUUUGAUUCUAUAGACUAGCAUCUCUUAUAUAGUUGUUGAACUAGGCUCUUAAAUUCUGCACUAAUCAGAUAUGAUGUUGAACUAAAAUAGAGACUCGUACUUUGAUAGAGACUCGUUAACUUUAGCUAGUAUUGAAUAACAUGUAGUGUUGGAUAUUACGUAGUGGUGAUUUGUCAGAUAGAUUGCUUGAACAUCAAUCUUAAACAUGGUUGAUCGUUGUCAUGCCUUGUGUAACGCAUUAUUUUGUGUGACAUAUUAAAAUCGACAGUAUUAUGAUUGAAACUUUUUAAAGACA